GUCAACAAAGCACGUGUGCUGCUGUCAGCGAAUAUCAGUUUUGUUUUUCUCCUCGUUCUGUGUUGUGUUAGACCUAUCAGAAAUAGCAAUGAAAAUUCGACCACAGAAACACGCUCGUUUGGGCUUCUCCGGUAAAUCAAAAAAAGAACGUCGUUCGAACCAGCCAAAAACCCGAAAGGAAAUUCGCAAGGAGAAGCGGCAACAGAAGAAAAUUAAUCGAUUCGCCUAUCACAGCAGAAAAAAGAGCGACCGGUAUCAGCAUGGUAGCGAGCAGAACAACGAAGACGAGAUACAGAAGAAGCAAAAACGGGCCCCUAAGAGAGACAGCGAUGAGGAGGAUGACGAGGAAAUGGACGAGUUUGAGGAUGAGGAAAUUGAAUCCGAUGCUGCUGAUGAUGAGCCGUACGAGGAAGAACCCAAGGAACAACCGACUGUUGGUGGAAUGAAAAGUCAGUUGGAGCAGGAACGCGAGGAAGAAUUGCGCGAGCUUCAGAAGUACGAGCGGGGUCUGAAGGAUAAGCGAAUUUCACAGCUGCAGGCAGCAAACGAGGAGGAUGAACUGAUCAUUCGCAAAUAUGAGAAAUUGCUGAAAAUAAACCGAAGAAAGGAUAAGUCCGGCGUGCCGAAGAGUUUCAACGAUGGUUUGGAUUAUGCGCUCGAGCUCUGCACGGAGGAUAAUGUUAGGAAGAUGUAUGAAGCCGCCAAAGAGGCGGCAGAGAUUGAGCAGAACUCCGAAGAUGAAUUUGCGGAUGACGUGGAGGAAGCGCUGGGUACGAAGAAGGGCAGGAAGGAAGCUGGUAAGCAGCGGAAGAAAAAAGCAAAAAGGUCCCAGCAGGAAGUGGAUAAAAAGAAAAUGGAGCAGCUGAAGGAGAUUGAAAAGAAAUAUCUAGGUGAUGACGAGGUGGAUAGCCUGGACGGUUUCGAUUCCGAGCUGGAGAUAGAGUUGGAUGACAACGCACAGGAAGAUUAUUCAGAGAACGAUGAAUUGUAUGAAUCAGAGGAGGAUGAGCUUGUCUCGGAAAACGAGAUAAAGCUAAAAAAAAGUAACAAAUCGAAAAAAGUCGAUAAAAAGAAGAAUUCCAAAAGCAAAACUUCGGACAAGAAAAAUAAACGAAAGGAAAUAACGGAACCAGAAUCCGAUCCUGAAGAAGAUUCUGAGUUUGAAGAAGAUGUUUUUGGAGGGAGUGAUAGUGACGAAUUUGCUGCGGAAGAGAAUAAGAAAGCUCAUAAAAAAAGCUCCAAGAAAGUAACGUUUGCCGAUAAGAAAGGCAAUGGUACAAGUAAAUCUUCGAAAAUAAAGGAAAAGAAACAAAGAAAGGAUUUCGAUUCUGAUCCUGAAGAAGAUUCCGAGUUCGAUGAGGAUGUUUUCGGAGGGGACGAUAGUGACGAGUUUGUCACUGAAGACAAUGAGGAAACCCUUGAAAAUAGUUCAAGGAAAGUGAAGUUCGUUAAAAAUGAAAGCAAAAGCGAAUCAGAAUUUUCGAGAAACAAGAAAAAGAAACGAAAGGAGGAUCCCGAAUCAGACCCCGAAGAAGAUUCUGAGUUUGAUGAAGAUGUUUUUGGGGGCGACGAAUCAGAUUCAGAUGGUUCAGGGUCGGAUGCCGAAGGCGUUGAAGAUAAAGCAGAAGAAUCAAAACAACCCAACGAUGUGUGGGAAGAUAUUUAUGGCCGCAAACGGGAUAAACAAGGAAAUGUUAUCAUAGAGAAGUCAACCAGUGGCAAGUAUGUACCUCCUCACCUGAGAGCUCGCAUGGAAGCCGGCCAAAGCAAUGACCCUAAAAAACAGGAAAAGUUACUCAGACUGAAGCGUCAACUCAAGGGUCAGAUAAACCGUUUGGCAGAAUCUAAUGUUCAUAGAAUUUCCAUUGAAAUGGACAACUUGUAUAUGCAGAAUGCGCGUUUCGAUAUGAACAGCACUGUGACAAGUUUGGUGUUGGAAGCACUUGUAUCCCCCUCACUCGCUCCGGACAGAAUGGUUCUGGAACACAUGUUGCUGAUAACCAUUCUUCACGCUAACGUUGGAUCCGAAGUGGGCAGUCAUUUCUUAGAAACCGUCGUUCAAAGAUUCGAUUCGUUGCUCGAGCGAAUUGAUUCCUUUGAUGUGGAGGAUAAAACCUUGGAUAACUGUGUACUGAUCCUGUGUCAUAUGUAUACGUUCCAAAUUUUCAAAAACAAAUUGGUCUACGAUGUCAUCGAUCAAUUACUCGCCAAGUUUAAUGAGAAAUCCGUGGAAUGCAUAUUGUUGGUGCUACGCUCGAUUGGCUUUGUGCUUCGGAAGGACGAUCCACUGGCACUGAAGGAAAUGAUCCAGAAAGUACAAAAGCGGGCGGCCGAGGCUCCGGCGGAACUGAAAAGCGACACGCGCGUUAAAUUUAUGUUAGAUACCUUGCUGGCCGUGAAAAAUAACAAUAUGAACAAGAUUCCACAGUACGAUUCCACGCUGGUGGAACACUUUCGUAAAAUUCUCAAAGGUAUGAUCACCAGCGGCAAGUACGUGAGCAGCUUGAACAUUGGGCUGGACGAUCUGCUCAACGUGGAUGAACGCGGGAAAUGGUGGUUGGUUGGUUCCGCGUGGCACGGCAACAAGGAUGGGAAGGAGGGUGGUAGGAAUUCUGCCUCCAGCGAACAGCCGGGUGGUUUCAGUCAACAACUGCUGGAUCUAGCUCGCAAACAGAGGAUGAACACCGAUGACAAACGGAACGUUUUCUGUGCGAUAAUGAGUGCCGAAGAUUAUCUGGAUGCCUUCGAUAAGAUUCUCCGAUUGGCCAUCAAGGACCAGCGAGUGGUGGUUUCGGUCAUCAUUCAUUGCUGCUUGUCGGAAAAGGACUACAAUCCUUACUACAGCGUGCUGUCGCAGAAGUUCUGCGAGUACGAUAGACGCUAUCAGUUGGCCGCACAGUUCGCCAUCUGGGAUCGACUGAAGGAAAUUCACUCCCUCAAGCAAGUCCCAGCGAAGAAUCUGGCCAAACUUUUAACUCACCUCAUCGGAGAAGGGGGCCUAGCUUUAUCGGUGCUGAAGGUAAUCGAAUUCGCCGAAAUUGACAAAGUGACGCUGCGAUUUGUGCGGCAAAUUAUGUUGGGACUUUUGCUUUUGGAGGAGGAAAAUAAAUGUCUUCAGGUGUUUAACCGAAUUGCCCCCAGCUUGAAACUGAAAGAAUUCAAGGAUAGUUUACGGCUAUUCCUGCAUCAUUUUCUGCUCAAAGGAAGCGACAAAUCGAACGUUCCCGAGGAGCAAUUGCAGCUGUUACAACAGAGGAUAAAGAUGGCCGAACAUAUGCUGCAUACUUCCGAUUCGAGGGUAUUAUUCUGAUUGGAAGUGAGUAAUAAAUAUAAUUUAAACCGA